AAUUUGUUAAAAUAAAUUUACAUUUUAAAAAAUUUUUAGAAUUUUAAUGCAACCUCUUUGCUGAUAUUCUUUUGACAUUUUGUUAACUUCAAAUUCAAAACAUUUUUUUAGAUGUCCAUGAUGUUAGCAAAGCAAAUUUCUAUAGAAAUUAACAUCGAUAAUUAUGGACCAACAAUUUAAUUAAUUAUUCGCAUAAUUAAUAAAAUAAUUCUGUCGAUCAUUGAUAACUAUUUAUUUGGAAUCAGGGUUGAAGUAGCAAGAAUUGAAAAAAAACUUAGAGAAUUACAAUUAGAGAAAAAGUUAUUUUUUCGCAUAUGUAAAUAAAAUCAGACAAACGAGAUGAUUGUUACGUCGAUAUGCGGACGAUCACGUUUCGUAAAUAUUAAUAAUAAAUGCGAUGCCGUAUAACCGGAGUGUACAUUGUACAUCGAAUUCGCGUGCGUCGAGGAUGCGUUAUUUGGAUCGGCCAGCCAGCGUGUACGUAUGCGUAAACAUAUACGUAUAAUCCAUCGUUCAAACGUGGGCGGCGAGGAUGAGUGUAGGAGAGGAGAACGGAGCCAGGCCAGGCCGUUCGGUCCGGGAAGGGGUGAUGAUGGGACGAGGAGGGCCGGGAGGUAGCACACGCGUGUUGUUCGAGCGGCGGCGUCGCCGCGCCGUUACACUCGUUGGUGGUCCACGACGAAGUGAGCUCGCGCGCGUUGUCCAGCAUCCGAUCCCAGUGGAAGGUUUAAUGGGAGAUGCACGAUCGAUAACGAUCGUUCGACGACGGUGAUCUUCGUCGAUGGACGCGCUGCCUAACCUCAAAGACAAGUCCUGAUACUUGCCGUCACAGUUUCGCGAGCAGUGAGCGGAGUCUCGCCGGAGUGCGCCCGGCCAAAGGGACAGAGAUAUUUCUCCUUACCUCGGGGAUAUAAGAAUGAGAGGGAGCGCAGCGAUAUGGGGCCUGCUGCUGUUCGUGGGAAGCUACGUUGUCCUGGCCGAUCCCGAGCCCGAUCCCUUGUUUAAUCGAUUGCCGAAAAAUCGCAAUGAGGACAAGUGUUACGACGAGAACGGCAGACCGCAGAGAUGUAUACCGCCGUUCGAAAAUGCGGCUUUCAAUGUGCUGAUGGAGGCGACGAACACGUGCGGCGAGGACCGUCCGAUUGAAUUCUGUAAGCAGACAGGCGUGCAAAAGAAAUCAUGCGAGAUUUGCCGACGCGGCGAUCACUCGGCUAUCUUUCUCACCGACCAUGAUAAUAACGACAAUGCUACCUGGUGGCAGUCAGAUACCAUGUACGAGGGUAUUGAGUAUCCCAACCAGGUCAAUCUCACCCUACAUCUAGGAAAGACAUUUGACAUAACAUACGUCAGAGUAUUGUUUGAGUCACCCCGGCCGGAAAGCUGGGGUAUCUACAAGCGGAAGAAUGAGAAGUCACCAUGGGAGCCUUAUCAGUUUUAUUCAGCGACGUGCCGAGACACGUACGAGUUGCCCGAGUCCAAAGAAACCGUUCGCGGUGACGACACCCGUGUGCUAUGCACCUCGGAAUUUUCUGACAUUUCCCCGCUCACCAAAGGCACCGUUGCCUUUUCGACUUUGGAGGGCCGACCUUCCGCCUAUUAUUUUGAGACUAACCCCGAACUUCAGGAAUGGGUGCAAGCUACGGAUUUAAGGAUCACUCUGGACAGAUUAAAUACGUUCGGCGACGAAGUUUUUGGCGAUGCGCAUGUACUGAAAUCCUACUACUAUGCAAUAGCUGAUGUAGCAGUUGGUGCGAGAUGCGCCUGCAAUGGCCACGCCGGAGAAUGCGUAAACAGUACCAGCGUCGAUGGCAGAACUCGCAGAGUCUGCCGAUGUGAACACAACACUGCUGGUCCAGACUGUAAUGAGUGUUUACCUUUUUACAAUGACGCUCCUUGGGGUCGUGCCACAACUACAGAUGCACACGAAUGCAAACCUUGCAAUUGUAACGGAUACUCGGACAGGUGUUAUUUCGAUAAAGAACUAUAUAAGAAUACGGGUCAUGGAGGUCAUUGCUUGGAUUGCCGAGCAAAUCGCGACGGCGCCAAUUGCGAGCGAUGUCGUGAAAAUUAUUAUCAGCGACCUGAGGAUAACUAUUGCAUCGCGUGCAACUGCAAUGAGAUUGGUUCGAGAAGCUUGCAAUGUAAUAGUGAGGGUAAAUGUCAAUGUAAAUCUGGCGUAAUGGGAGAUAAAUGUGAUCGUUGUGCAGCCAAUUUCUACAAUUUCGUUUCGCAAGGCUGUACUUCCUGCGAAUGCAGCUUGGCAGGAUCAGCGGGCAAUGUUCCUAGCUGUGAUUCUGUUACAGGAGUUUGUGCAUGCAAAGAAAACGUCGAGGGGAAACGCUGCAGAGAAUGUCGUCCAGGUUUUUUCAAUCUGGCAGUAGAUAACGAGUUCGGCUGUACUCCUUGUUUCUGUUAUGGUCAUUCUUCGGUUUGUCGACCGGCAACUGGUUACUCGAAGCUGUUCAUUGAGAGUAUGUUUGUGCGAGGAAACGAGCGCUGGUCCGCGUCCGUGGCCGGUAAUCCGAUUCCAUUACAAUACGAUGCACUGACGCAGACGAUCUCGGUUACCGCGCUUGAUCGCGACAAUGUGUACUUCCUUGCGCCCAAUAAAUUUUUGGGAGACCAGCGAGUAUCAUACAAUCAAGAUUUAACAUUCAUACUGAGGAUAGGAGAGGCUGGUCCAGCUCCUACAGCACGCGAUGUAAUCUUAGAGGGUGGAAACGGCGAGCAGAUUACGCAGCCGAUCUUUGGCCAGAACAACCGUUUGCCAACUGUUACACCUCAAGAAUACCGAUUUAAAUUGCACGAGCACGCCAACUACGGCUGGCAACCGCGAUUAUCUUCUCGUGCUUUCAUGUCGAUUCUGUCAAAUUUAACCGCCGUAAAGAUCCGUGGAACUUACACUCAUCAAGGCCGUGGAUUUUUGGACGAUGUGAAAUUAGAGACGGCACAUCGUGGCGCGGCCGGCGAGCCGGCCGAUUGGGUGGAACACUGCCAGUGUCCUCACGGCUACGUUGGUCAAUUUUGUGAAUCAUGCGCGCCCGGAUUCCAUCACGAUCCGCCGAACGGCGGUCCUUUUGCUCUUUGCGUUCCUUGCAACUGCAAUGGACACGCCGAUAUUUGCGAGGCCGAAACUGGACAGUGUAUCUGUCAGCAUAAUACUGCAGGAAGCAAUUGUGAGUUGUGUAGUAGGGGAUACUAUGGUUAUCCAUUGAAAGGAACACCAGACGACUGCAAACCGUGCCCUUGUCCCGAUAAUGGACCUUGCAUUCUUCUGGGUAACAAUCCGGAUCCCAUCUGUUCCGAGUGUCCUAUCGGUAGAACCGGACCUAGAUGUGAAACAUGUUCCGACGGUUACUAUGGGAAUCCUGAAAGAGGUGUUGCUUGCCGUCCUUGCGACUGUAACAAUAAUAUUGAUUUAAACGCAGUUAGAAAUUGUAAUCACGAAACGGGAGAAUGUCUCAAGUGCGUCAAUAAUACUGCAGGCUUCCACUGUGAGGAAUGUCUAGCUGGAUAUUACGGAGAUGCAUUAUCGGAUCGCAAGGAAGACGGAUGUAAAUUAUGCCAAUGUUAUCCACCGGGUACUUUGGAACUUGAUGAUGGAAGAGUUGCGCCCUGUGAUCAACUAACGGGACAUUGUGCCUGCAAGCAGCACGUCAUAGGUCGUAAUUGCGAUAAAUGUGAAGAAGGCUAUUAUCAUAUUAUGAGCGGGGAGGGUUGCACUCCUUGUAACUGCGAUCUUGAAGGUUCUUAUAAUCGCACUUGUGACCCGAUAACAGGACAAUGUCAAUGCCGAGUUGGCGUAACGGGACAACAUUGCGAUGCCUGUGAGCCCUAUCAGUACGGAUUCAGCCGCGAAGGCUGUAAGCUUUGUGAUUGCGACAGUAUUGGCUCUCAAGAUUUGCAAUGUGAUGCAAACGGACAAUGUCCUUGCUUGACGAAUGUUGAGGGUAGACGUUGUGACCGCUGCAAAGAGAACAAGCACAAUCGUCAGCAUGGCUGCGUCGAUUGUCCCGAUUGUUACAACCUUGUACAGUCGGCAGUCAACGAUCAUCGUCGACGUUUAGCCGAGCUUGAAGAUACCCUUUAUAAGAUUAAUAGCAGUCCCACCGUUAUCAAAGAUUCAGAUUUUGAAAAGGAGCUCAGAAACGUCCAAGACAGAGUGAAAGCGUUAUUGUCUGUCGCCAAGCAAGGAUCUGGCAGUGAGAAUAAAACGUUGGUAGAACAGUUAAAUGAGCUGCGUGAGCAAUUAAAUACAAUUGAUGAGAUCUAUCAAACUGUGGAUGUAACAGCGAAUGAUGUGGAUGAUAUAACUGAGGAAGGUUUGACGAGUAUCUCUGAGGCAGAAAACGUUUUGGAUAAAAUCCAUGAGCAAUUAACGGAGGCAGAGGAUUAUCUGGGCACAGAGGGAGCGAGUGCUUUAUCUUCGGCAAAAUUGCGCGCUGAACAAGUCGGCCAGCAGAAUCAGCAGAUGACAUCGAUCGCACAAGAAGCACGUCUACUCGCCGAAGUGAAUACGAAUGAAGCUAAGAAGUUGCAUAUGCUGGCGGAGCAGGCACGAAAUACGACAUUGGAAGCUUAUAAUCUCGCGAAGCAAACAAUAUCAAAAUAUUCCAAUAUAACGGAUGAAAUAAGGAAUCUGGAGAACAAGCUGGCGCAAUUGGAGGAUCGCAUAGACGAAGUGAAAAAUCUCACUGGCAUUGCAGCCACUAAAUCCUCGGCCGUUUCUCAGGAAGCGUUAGAUUUGUUAAUCCUUGAUUUAACGCUUCCUCCGGUUGAUAUUGAGAAGUUGCGACAGCAAAUAGAAAGCGUUAGCAGUGCGAGCUUACAGAUAAAGGAACAGGCACAACUCUUAUUGGAGCAGAAUGAAAAUUUCAUCAAAGAGAUGGCUGAAAAAGUUAGAAAGAGCGAAGAACUAUUAGAUAGAACUCAAGAUCAACAGGCUGCAACGGCCGAACUGUUAGCUGAAUUGGAUGAUGCCAACGAGAUGGCAAAUGACGCUGUCAAACGUGGCGAUCAGACGCUAAAAGAAGCACAGGAAACCUUAAAGAAAUUAGGGGAAUUUGAUGCUGAAGUGCAACGUGAACGUGUUAAAGCGCAAAGUGCUUUAAUGGAUAUUGAAAAAAUUGAAGAAUUGAUUCGCUAUGUUGACGAUCAAGCUAAAGAAACGGAAAACAAGUUAAAUGGAUCGGAAGAUAACGCUAAGAGUGCACGCGAAAUCGUGCAAAAUGCUCAGAAUUUCGCGGAUAAGGCGAGCACUAACGCAAACAACAUUAGAAUGGAAGCGAAUAAAACUAAAAUCGAAGCUUUACGUCUUGGGAACGAAGCCGAGAAAUUGCACCUCCGAGUCGACACUACGGAUUCGAUGAUUAAACAAUAUGAGAUUCGAAUGAGCCAGGAUACAAAUGUCACUGCCGAGGCAAAUUAUAAAGUUGGUCAAGCAAAGACCAAUGUAACUCUGGCAUCACAGCAAGUCGAUAAGGCUUUAUCCGAUGUUGCCGCAAUUAUCAGAGAACUUGAGAAUCUACCAGAAAUCGAUGACGCCGAUUUGAAUCGUUUGGAAGAACGCCUGAUUGCCGCCGAGAAAGAAAUUAAGGCUGUAAAUCUGGAUCAGCGAAUCCGCGCGUUGACGGACGCGAAAAAUUUGCAAACGCAGUGGGUUAAAAAUUACGAGGACGAAGUCAACAGACUGCGAAUUGAAGUGGAGAAUAUUGAUGAUAUUCGAAAGGCUUUACCAACUGAUUGUUAUCAGCGCGUCCGUCUGGAGCCUUGAAAUUUAUCUUUUUACGCUUUAUUCACUUUUGUAUCAUUUUUAAAAGUAUAUUUUAUAAGCUAUAUAAAAUGUUUAAGUUCUACGUAUCCUUAUCGUUAAGGCUCGAGGAUUUAAAUUCUUUUUAGAUCAUUAAAUUUCUUUAAAAAAAAAAAAAAAAA